UCAACUGUCACUUGACACUUAUCGGAGGUUCCGUCAGGGUUAUCUUUGCGUCCUGAAUUCCUCUUGCCAAAUUUCACGUAAUGCAUGGAAUAACAAUGGAUGGCAGACAAGUUUGCGAAGAUUUGCAGAUAUAAAUAUCGCAAUUCAAAUGAACGAACUAGGAAACGGAGGUGGUAUUUUAAAUAUCCCCACUCUCAUACCAGAUACGGGUCUCUUGCAUCGUCAAGAUGACCACAGGCUUAUACUCUGCAAGCCAAAAUUAAUGCCGCUGAAAUCGGUGACACUUGAAAAGUUGGAAAAAAUGCAAAAGGAAGCCGAAGAAAAGUUGAAAGAGCAACAAUUGAAUUCGUCUCAGUAAAAAAAAAAAAAGACAAACUCGACAAAAUGACGGCCGGCCCUCUGAUAGCCGAAGUCGUCUUUGUAUUCUGCCUCGCUGUGGGGAUUUUGUACAAAUACGGAAAUUUGAAAAAGCAAAAUGCGUUUGUUACAUUUGCCGUACUUAUCGCUUGGUACUUUUCAUUUUUGAUCAUUUUUGUGCUUCCCUUGGAUGUGUCUUCGACGGUUUAUAGGCAAUGUCUUAACAACCUAAACACAACUGGGAAUUCAACUAACAAAACGGUAUGCAAGGUACCAUGGAGUUAUGUUCCUGACUAUGUACUACCUAAUUUAUGGAGAGUUGUGUAUUGGUCAUCCGAGGUUUUAACAUGGUUGGUGUUGCCUCUCAUGCAAUCGUACGCCAAAGCAGGGGAGUUCACCAUAAGAGGGAAACUGAAAUCUGCUUUGGUCGACAAUGCAAUUUAUUACGGUUCUUAUUUAUUUAUAUGCGGCAUACUACUUAUAUAUAUAGCUGUCAAACCUGAUCUCCAACUUGAUGGGCAAAAGAUAAAAGCAAUUGCUUCAUCAGCUAGUAACACGUGGGGACUGCUACUCCUCGUCGGCCUUCUUGGCUAUGCUUUAGUUGAAAUUCCAAGGAGCCUCUGGUUGUCUACGACUCCCGGCUACUGCUUGCAAAGGGCUUAUUUCAAAGUGGCAAAAAUAUCAGCGGAUAAAUGCGAAGCAGAUGAGACCCUCGAUGACAUACUGGAAUCCAUACAGUCGAUGGCAUCCAGUGUGCAGUCGAGAGACCCUCUAUAUUCCGAGUUGGAAACAGUACUUAGAAAAAUUCCACCCCAUCUCUUACGGCAGACAAAACUCCAGUCUGCGGCUGCCCAUGCUGAUUCAAUGGUCGCACCAACCCUUAAAUCACUUGUACGCAUCCAUAAACAGUUGAUUAAAAGCCUCCAUACGAGUAAACGUUGUGAAACACAGUGGAAACUUGCUGUUGAAAAAGUCAUCCUUCUUGAGGAUGUUCAGAGAAACAAAAUGAGCAAUGAUAAAACCUUCAAGCACACUUUUGACAACACGCCAGCUCUAAUUUCACCAGCUUUUGAGUGGUACUGGAGGUGUUUGAUUCAAGAUUACGUUUUCAAAGUCGCAGCAGUUGUAUGCGCAAUACUUUCAGCCAUGGUUGUAUGGUCAGAAGUGACGUUUUUCAACAAAUCCCCUGUCCUUUCCCUGUUUGCAGUUUUCCUUAAUUUAGCGAGGAACAGUUACGACUACUUCUCUAUAGAAAUCCUGUCUACCGUGAUAAUUGCCUACCUAUGCUUCUGCGCUUACUCAACUGUAUUGAAAAUUAGAGUAUUGAACUAUUAUUAUUUAGCACCUCAUCAUCAGACAGACGAGCAUAGCCUUAUUUUCUCUGGAAUGAUGCUGUGUCGUUUGACACCGCCAAUGUGUCUUAAUUUCCUUGGCCUAAUCCACUUGGACAGUCAUAUUAUCCAAGAGCAGUUGAUGGAAACCCAGUACACCCAGGUUAUGGGCCAUAUGGUGGUUGUUUCGAUAAUAUCCGACGGCUUUAACAUUUACUUUCCUAUGAUGGUUCUAGCAUUCUGCCUUGCUACCUACUUUAGCCUUGGAUCGCGCCUUUUAUCGUUAAUCGGCUUUCAGCAAUUCCUGGAAGACAGCGAGCUCACAACUGAACUUAUGGAAGAAGGCAGAGAUCUAGUCAAUAGAGAAAAGCGGAAGAGGCAAAGGAAGAAAGAGACAGAAGAAAGGAGGCGAGAAUAUAAUGAAAGAUUUGGAAUUUCGUGUCCUGUUGUAGCUGACGAUACUGUCAUAAAUACGGGCCUUCUGACGGACAGUUCAUCUCGUUCAAACUUAUUAACUGCGGCUGAGCCCAUCGCUUAUUACCAGACUGAGUCCAGGGCUGAUUUUGGCGUCGGGGACUCGAAUGGCCGAGGGGACCUCUGGAAAUAUUUCGACAAUUGAGCACAAUCUAAUAAAAAUGUCAGUUAGGUAGACAAUUAUUUCAAAGUGUAAUACGAAUCUGUCCUGUUUGGCUUGUAUAAUUGUUUUUACAUAAAAUGCAUGUUAAAUUAAUGGAUUUAGUCGACACAAUUGAAACGUAGUAAAUUUGAAAACUAGAUAUUCUAAACACUAUAUUCAAAUACAUAAGAGAUAAUCUGAGUGUAUUAUCGUACAAACUGGCAGAAUCCAGACGUUAGCAUUAUAAUGUUAAAGGCCAUUUCAAUUAUACUAUGUUUAGUAUAAUUAAAAAUUAAUAUUAUCAAUUAAGAAUGUUUCUUGAUUUUUUUUUUUUCUUGAAAUUGAUGACUCUUUUCUAAAGAAUUUUAAUUUGAAGGGUAAAAAUAACACUUCAGUUCAUGUAAAAUCAUAAAUUAAUUUAACUAGUUAUAGUUGACAUUUUUGGCAUAAAACCAUUUAGGUACUUUUUAUGUUGUGUGUCAUUAAAAAAAAUAUAAACUGUAGCAUUUUGUAUUAUUGUAAUAUGUAU